AAGAGGAGGAAAAGGAAAAGGAGGAGGAGCACACGGUGUCCUGUGGCAUGGCAGGUGAAGAAGGCUUCUUUCUGGAGGAGAAAAGAUUCAAGCAGGACUGUGAAGAAUUUGUUAAACACUCACAGCAGAUAGGAGAUGGCUGGGAGUGGAGAACUAGCAAGGACCUUGGUGAUGGUUAUCUUACUAAGACACACUUCCAAGUAAGAAACAGACACAUCCCACCAGACCUCAAGGAGAAAAACAAUGAUAGCACUGGACAAAUGUUAUUUGCACAUGUAGAAGAGCCCCUGGAUGACUCUCAGGCCGCUGGGGUUUGCAGCACGGAAGAAGUGGUUCGCUAUGAGUACCACGUCCUGUAUUCCAGCAGCUACCAAGUGCCCGUGCUGUAUUUCAGAGCAUGCUUUUUGGAUGGAAGGCCUUUAACUCUGGAAGAAAUAUGGGGAAGUGUUCAUGCAUCCUACCAGGCUCGUCUGCAGGAGGGGCCCUGGGACACUAUCACACAGCAGGAGCACCCCAUCCUCGGGCAGCCUUUCUUUGUCCUGCACCCCUGUCGAACCAAUGAAUUCAUCUCUGCUGUGCUGAGCAGCUCACAGGAGCACCACAGACACACAAAUUACAUCACACUGUGGCUCAGUACCGUGGGCCCAGUUGUGGGCUUGAAUCUGCCUUUGAGUUAUGCAAAACUGGCACCUGAGCAGAGCACAGAUGCUGAUUGGGCUGAAAGAGCCCUGAGCUGAAGGACUGGGAGUGGCUGGGCUGUGAUAAAGCUGCUGCAGGCUUAGGGGUGAAGCUGGAGGAUCCUUCCUGGCUGGUCAGCCAUGCCAGAGUGGAAAUGGUUGCUCGUGGCUCCUUCUCUGGCCAGGAUUCACCACAGGGGACAGUGAGAAUUGGCUGCAGCUGUGGGAACAGCUCCCCAGCACCACCCACACCUGACCUGCCUUGAAGUCACUCACCUCCUGUGCCUGUGCCCUCGGUGAGGCUGCACACGGAUGCACAAGCCAGAGCUGAGCUGCUGGAUCUACUGCACUUCACCCUAAAAACCUGCACCAUCUGUGGGGCAGAAAAUGCAAUAUAAACACAGAGGAAUGCCCAUGGGAUGUGGUGUGAGCUUGUGGCAGCCAGGGUGUGAAGGUUGUGAAUUUGAUCCCCACAUGGGAUCACCACUUGUUAAUGGGUUAACUGCACCACUUAAUUUGGGCUUGUCUUCAUUUUCUUCUGCCUUCACUCAGAGUCAGGAUUGAAAACACAAAGGAGAUUAAUUUCUCAUUGGGACUUGGUUGUUUAUUAAAUCUCAUCUAAAGCACACAGAGUGCUGCAACACUUUCAGCUAAAAGUGAGCAAAAUGGAGCUGAGUCCAGCUGGUUACAAUGUCUUCUAAAGCUAAACAGUGCAAUAGAGAAUUAACACCUAUAUUAUUUAUACUUUUGACCCAAUAACCAAACUCUUGUGACUCACAGUGCAGCACUGAGUGUACAACCAAAAACUACUGCCUGAAAUCAUGAAGAGGAAGACAGAAACAACAUCCAAAAUCUUCCAUCUUGUCCCAUACCUAUUACUGUACUAUAAAAACCCCAAAUUCCAACAUCUCCCCGGGAAUAUCCCACACCCAUCACCCCUCAGGGGUGGGGACUGUCACAAACAGAGCCCUCAGAGCCUGCCUGGAGUGGGCACGUCCAGCUCUGAGCUCAGGGGCCUGGAGCAGACAGAUGUGUGGCCACAUCUGUCUCUGCUGAGCUCUGCUGCCUGCCAGGGAUGCUCUCCGUGCCCACAGGGAGCUGCUGCUGCUCCCAAUUAGCGUUUCUCGUUGUAGCUGUGGUUGUUUGCUCCCUACCCUGCUCUGCCUCUCCUGACAGCUGCUGGUUUUUGGGGGAUUGCCUGGUGGUGCUGCCACUGAGAACCAGAUUAGGAGGAACUUCCCUGCCACCCAUCCUGGCUUCUCUCCCACUCCUAUUUUUAUUUGCAGGGUAAAGCAGAGUCUGAAAGGCAGAUUUUACUUUGUACCUUCAGCAACUGCCACUUGCAGAGUCUAGUGUGUGCCACGUCAGAGCCGGGAGGGUGAAAUGCAUCCAAAUUCUGUUUUUCCAGGUCAUAUUUUUAACUUCCAUUACUUGUCAUUGGUGGACAUGGGGUGGAGGGUGCAGUCCUUCAAAUUCCAGUGGUGUGGGAUUCGCUUGCCAGCCAUUUGGAAUUAAUAAUGAAAGCAUGGUUUAUUUUGUUCUGUGUCAUAACGACCUGGAAAACCGUUUUUUCGUGUAAGAUUUACAAAGUAUGGCCUGCAGCUAGACUGAUUUCGUUAACACUUUUGGUAACACAUGCUUGAUAAUUGCAUCCCAUUUUUACGUUUAAGUGAGACUCAGGCAGGAGGAAGAACCAACAAAAAGAGGUAACAGCAGGUUUAAGAGCUGUUAAAUGUUCAUCCCUGCUCGCUGAUCUUCAUUUGUGAUAUGCUGGGACAGAAGAAUAGAAGCGCUCACCCUUCAAAAUGUGGAAUUUAUAUGUAGAGGAAAAUAAAUAUUUUUUAUUUUA